AUGGCCACGGAAAUAGUCGAACCCACGAUACAUGAACACGAACCGACAAGAAAUCCGAUUGUCGUACCCAAAGUACAACCCACAAAGUCUGAAGAUGUCACUCCGUCCUCCGCACCGAAUACAGAAUCGACAACCCCGAAACAUAAUACUAUAAGCUCCGAAGACGACUUUUCCGCGCCGGAUUUGGGGCAACCGAGCCGGAAUUUGCACGUGGAUGAUUUCGAGCUUAUAAAGACAUUGGGAACGGGAACCUUUGCGCGUGUUUGGCUUACGCGCCUCAAGAACAGUCCCAAGAGAGACAGUGUCUAUGCUUUAAAAGUCCUCCGCAAAGCAGAUGUGAUCAAGCUCAAACAAGUCGAGCAUGUUCGCAACGAGCGAAGAACAUUAGGCGCAGUAGCUGGAUAUCCGUUCAUCACAACGCUCAUCACCACAUUUUCAGACGACCAAUCUCUAUAUAUGCUGUUGGAUUACUGCCCCGGCGGCGAAAUCUUCAGCUACCUCCGACGCGCGCGCACCUUUAGCGACGCAACAGCCAAAUUUUACGCUGCGGAAAUCACACUGACAAUAGAAUACCUUCACGACGUCCAAGGCGUUGCAUAUCGAGACCUCAAACCAGAGAAUAUAUUGAUUGACAUAGACGGGCACAUCAAACUGGUCGACUUUGGCUUCGCGAAACAAGUGGGCAACCGCGAAACGUAUACCCUCUGCGGAACGCCGGAUUAUCUGGCGCCGGAGGUGAUUCAUAACAGCGGUCAUGGUAUCGCAGUCGACUGGUGGGCAUUGGGCAUUCUGAUAUAUGAAUUCCUCGUCGGACAACCGCCCUUUUGGGACCAGAAUGUCAUGCGCUUAUACGAACAGAUUGUUGAAGGCCGCCUUCGCUUUCCGCAUAACAUAACCAUGGCAGCACGUGAUAUCAUCUCUCAACUCUGCAAAACAGACGUUACGCAGCGCCUAGGCCAUAUUCAGGGCGGAUCGAAACGAGUCAAAUCACACCCGUGGUUCGAUAGCGUGAAUUGGGAUGAUGUCUACCAUCGACGGGUCAAGGGACCUAUUAUCCCGCGCGUGGAACAUCCAGCUGACGCAGCGAAUUUCGAGGAGUAUCCGCCUCCGCCGGACUCGGCGCAGUUGGAGCCGUAUACGAAUGAUAUGAGGGAAAAGUAUGAGCCGCUUUUUGAUGAUUUUUGA